AUGGCCUCCCGUCCUGCAUCUUCUUCGAGCUCCGACUCGCUCUACGCCCCACCAUCACCGCCAAAUCUACGUCGCGUUGCGCAAGUAGCCCCGGUUUCUCAUUACACAUCUCUUCACGAUGUCCCACCCCUCAGCCUCAAUGGUGCCAUUGAUCCUACGGCGCAUCGUGGAAUGCCUACAUCCACGAAAAUAUCACCAACAAUCGUCCGUCCUCCUCCUUCCUCCCACUGCUACCAGCGUCCGGCAGGACUCACAUGUCCCCUACCAGAACCGGUACACAGAGAUAUUCUCAGGGUCGUGAACAGGUAUCCUCCACCUCUUAGCGCCUCUUCUUCCACUCUGAUCGAUGGACACUCAAGAAUCCACCUGAAGGGAAAACCAACCAGAGGCAAGAUUGACUUCACUGAUCCGUUUGCGGAGAAGAAGUACGAACAGCCCAAGACUGAUUUCCAGGCGCCUAUGAGCGAGAAGCGCAAGCUCAACGCUGAUCUUUGUGACGUUGCCCGAAGGCUGGAGACUGCCUUCGGGGCAGAGAAAUGCCAGCAGAAUCGAGGACUGACUCCAACAGUGGAGACGUCGUGGUGUAACAAGCACUACAAUUACGACACCUGUAUCGCUACAGCGGAGAAACGCGAUGGAUUCAAAUGCCUUUCGCCACUAACUCCUGCCGUCUCCGAUUUUCCACCGCCAGGUAGGGUGUGGGCUGGGACGAUUCGCCUUCCCAAUUGCCACUCAUGCAAGAACAACUGGAGCAUACGCCACCUCCACGGCAUUGAAGAGGAGCGUGUUCACCAAGAGUCUCGGAAGAGGCAAGCUGAGGAGCAGAAGAAGGAGCAAGAAAGGCAGCGUUUGCGAGCGGAGGAAGAGAGACUGAGGCGCGAGACGCAAACGACACGGUUCUGGCCCGACAGAUCAGCGGUCAAGAGCCCACUGAUUGUGAGGUCUCCGACGACCACUUGGGUCGAGGAUGUGCGCGCGGUGCGCCCAGAUCUCUCGAUGCCGACUCCGCGGAAGACUGAGCCCAAGGCCGCACCUCCGUCUGCGAUGGCCUUCGCUCAAGCCGCCGCGAAUAUCGCUUCACCAAAGGCCGACCCAGAGGUUGAGCCCAAGUUUGCAACUCCGUCUGGUGAUCGCGCGACAGCAAGCGCGGCAGCUUUCGCUCAACCCUCGCAGCUUGCCUCGCAGAAGACGGCACUGUUGCCUAGGAACCUCCUUCCGCCUCCAACGCAGACCGCACACAAAGAGAAAGAGAGGCUUAGGCUGCGGAUGCAUAGCAGGAUGAAGCUUCUUGCUGUCCAGCAGCAAGCAGACGAGGACGCACAGUGGGAUAAUGUCGAUCUCAGCGACGAUGAAGAGUGGGACAAGGUGGCGGCUGAUGAGGGUGCUGAUUGGGAGGUGCUUGAGAAGUAG